AUGCCGCACACUUCCUACUACCGCAACUUCAGCAAGACUUUCAAGCGGCCUCGCCGGCCAUUCGAGAAGGAGCGCCUGGACAACGAGCUGAAGCUGGUGGGGGAGUAUGGGCUGCGCUGCAAGCGCGAGCUGUGGCGCGUGCAGAUGACGCUGUCCAGGAUACGUAAUUCUGCGCGCACGCUGCUCACGCUGGACGAGAAGGACCCCAGGCGGAUCUUCGAAGGGCGGGCGCUCAUGCGCCGCAUGUACAGGUACGGACUGCUGGACGAGAACCAGGACAAGCUGGAUUACGUGCUGGCGCUCACGCCGCAGCACUUCCUGGACCGGCGGCUGCAGACGCUGGUGUUUAAGCAGGGCCUGGCCAAGUCCUUCCACCACGCGAGGGUGCUGAUCCAGCAGAGGCACAUAAGGGUUGGGAAGCAGAUUGUCAACAUCGCUUCCUUCAUGGUCAGGGUUGACAGCGAGAAGCAUAUUGACUUCUCUUUGACAAGCCCAUUCGGAGGCGGACGGCCAGGCCGCGUCAAGAGGAGGGCCUUGAAGUCCAAGUCUGGUGGCGGAGCUAUGGAUGAGGACGAUGAGUAG